GCCGGUGCUGCGGGCGGGUCGCCUUCAGCCGCCUCCCGGCCGGUGGCCCCGGGAUUUCUUGCAUGGUGGCGCUCUGACAUGCCAAAGCUGCCCGGUUAUUCAGAGCUGAGUGACUCUUUAGCGCUUGCCGUGGGAACAGGAAGAUUCUCGGGACCACUGCACAGAGCAUGGAGAAUGAUGAAUUUCCGUCAGCGGAUGGGAUGGAUUGGAGUGGGAUUGUAUCUGUUAGCAAGUGCAGCAGCAUUUUACUAUGUUUUUGAAAUCAAUGAGACUUACAACAGACUGGCCUUGGAACACAUUCAGCAGCACCCAGAGGAACCCCUUGAAGGAACCACAUGGACACACUCCUUGAAAGCUCGAUUACUCUCCCUGCCAUUUUGGUUUUGGACAGUUGUUUUUCUGAUACCUUACUUACAGAUGUUUUUGUUCCUAUAUUCUUGUACAAGAGCUGACCCCAAAACGGUGGGCUACUGUAUUAUCCCCAUAUGCUUGGCAGUUAUUUGCAAUCGCCACCAGGCAUUUGUCAAGGCUUCUAAUCAGAUCAGCAGACUACAACUGAUUGACACAUAAACUCAGUCACCAUUUUCCCCUUCUGAUUAUGAAACUGCCAGUACUGUAUGGAACCUGAUCACAAGACUGCAGUUUUGUUUUUUUUUUUCACAGAUCUCAGGAAGUUGUGGUGGGACAGAGGCUUUUUAAAAAAUGUGACUAGGGGGCUCUCUCUGAGUAAUGAGUUUUUAGGUGAAGCCUGAGAUACAGUACUACAAAAUCAUGUUGAUGACUUCAGAUUUUGGAAGUAAAAUCAUGUCUGUUAUUUGCAUUCUUUAGAAACUUGAAUAAGUUCCUAAACUCUUAUUUUUAUUCUACUGUGCAACAUAGUGAUGGUUCAGAAAUUUUUCCUUUGGGGAAAAAAAUGAAUAUGAACAUUUCCAUUGUGUUUAAUAUGUAAAAAGGUCCAAACAUGGUCAUAAAAUUUAAAUUUUAUACAAUUACUUGGCUUGCUUUAAAAUUCUUCCAACUAAAAAACCAAUUCACCCUUCUCUGAGUAAGCCAACUAUUUAUGCUCUGUUGAUAUCAGCUUGUGAAAAAUUGGUAUAAAAUUAUUGAGGUGAUUGCUGUCCUGA